ACAGUAAUAUAGAAAAGUGACUGUGCGAAAUUGAUAAAAUAAAGUAAAACGAAAAGUUGAUUUCUUGGUAACAAAAAUUGAAAUUGGUUUAGUUAUUUUCAAUUUCUUAAAUUUAUAUAGCGCAUUUUUGAUCAAAUCGUAACUUUUAAUUUAAUUCUAAAAAUGCCUAUCGAAAAUCUCGAAGAAGAAGGGUUGGAAAAGAACCCCGACUUAGAGUUGACGCAAUUCAAGUUUCUACUAACCCUUCCAGAAUUUAAAAACGAUAGAACAGUUCAUCAAAAAAUCACCGAUGGGAUUAAAAAGGAUAAUAUGGCCCCGUGGUAUGAGCUGGUUUGUCAAGAGGUCGGUUGGAAAGUUGACCCGGUAUUGUUAAAGCAAAUGAAAGCCAAGAAUGAGGAAACAUUAAAUAAAUUAAAUGAAGCUAUUGAAGAUGCAGAGAAAAACUUGGGCGAAAUGGAAGUGCGAGAAGCAUAUCUGAGGAAAGCAGAGUACUACAGCAGAAUUGGAGACAAAGAAAAUGCUGUUAGUACGUUUCGUCAAACGUAUGAGAAAACAGUUUCUUUGGGACAUCGUCUUGAUAUUGUGUUCCAUCUAAUUCGCCUGGGACUUUUCUUUAUGGACCAUGAUAUCAUUGUGAAAAAUAUCACUAAAGCCAAAGCUUUAAUUGAAGAGGGAGGUGAUUGGGACAGAAGAAAUCGUUUGAAAGUUUAUCAAGGCGUGUAUAAUAUGGCUGUUAGGGAUUUCAAAACUGCUGCAAACAUGUUCUUGGACACAAUAAGUACUUUCACGUCAUAUGAAUUAAUGGAUUAUAAGUCAUUUGUGCGUUACACAGUCUAUGUUUCAAUGAUAAGUUUACCAAGAUAUGAACUACGAGACAAAGUGAUAAAAGGCUCGGAGAUACUGGAAGUUUUGCAUUCUGAACCCCAAGUAAAAGAUUAUUUGUUUUCUUUGUACAACUGUCAGUAUUCAGAAUUUUUCAUAAACUUAGCUGAAGUUGAGAGAAACUUUCGCAAAGACUAUUUGUUAAAUCCACACUACCGUUAUUAUGUAAGAGAGAUGAGAAUAUUGGCUUAUUCACAGUUACUGGAAUCUUAUCGUUCUUUAACGUUACAAUAUAUGGCCGAGGCUUUUGGCGUUUCUACUGACUUCAUUGAUGAAGAAUUGUCUCAGUUUAUAGCCACAGGAAGACUUCAUGCAAGAAUUGAUAGGGUAGGUGGCAUUGUUGAGACAAAUAGGCCGGAUCAAAAAAAUGCUCAGUUUAACGCAGUUAUCAAGCAAGGGGAUCUUCUACUGAACAGAGUUCAGAAAUUGUCUAGGGUAAUAAAUAUUUAAAGAUGUAGAUUUUUGUUAAGCUUUUUCUAUCGAGUGAAAUAAAAUUUUUUCUUUUG